AUGCUGAAGAAGAUGGAGUCCAUGAUGGAGGCCUUCUCAACUGCAAUAGUCGGGGAGUUCCAAGCUGGACAGAACAAGUCGUGGGACAAGCUUGGUCAUCACGAGGAGCCCAUCAUUAAUUUAUCCUCUCGCCUUGACCACACGGCAGAAAGUAUACAGCACCAGUUCACCGAGCAGCAAAAGCAGAUCGACCACCUGAAGCUAGAUGUCGAAGCGACGUUCAAAGGUGUCUCUCAGAGCUAUGAAAUCCAGUCCCCGCCGGAGGCCACAGCCAUUCAGUUCAUGCACGCAGCCAACGAGAGUAAGAUGGCCUGGCGUGACCCAAAGAAUGGAGGUAUCACACCGCUUCGAUGCCGAGGUGACCUCCCGCUUCCCGUUCGUCUUCGGCAGCAGAACUUCUCAAAGAUAUACCAGCCCCUGAAAGACCUGCUGGUCCGCUCGCCGCUGUGGGGCGGCAAGUCCAAGCUCGCAGUCAACGGCUUCAAGGGCCAGAUGAUGGCGCUUGAUGAGACCGAGGUCUGGCCUCUCGUUUCGCGCUCCCACGGCGGCAUGGGCGUAGAGCAGUUCCUCCCGCAUUACGAUGAGCUGAAGGAGUGGGGCAUUGAGGCGUCUCAGGUCGACGCCAUCGUCGACGACGCCACCAACCAGCUCGGCGCCACCCG